CAUACGGAGUAUAAAACCCUCAGGAAAGAAGCCUUGUCACUUCCUAGUGGACCCAAAUUCCCUUUAUGUUUUUGUCCACCGAGCAAGGACGUUCUGGACUUUCGAAGAAGCAACUCGGAAGAUAACCAGGACUUCAAUUUUAGCAGUGAAGACUAAGAUAGCCUUGCAGCAGUGCUUAUAUAAUGGACUUCCUAAGUUCCAUUCUACCUAUACACAUUCUAGCUCUUAGAUAAGUGGGGCGUGCAGUUAUCCGCAGCAAUUCGUUAUUUCAGAUCGUCCUUUUUUUAUCAUUUCAUUUGCAUCCAUAAUAAUGUCUUCCCCAAAAUCCCCUGUGACGCAUGCUCAAAUAAUAGAUCAGAUUCUGAGCACAGACACAAGCACGCCAGACUAUCUACAACAAUUAGUCAACAAUAUUGACACUCUUCUGUAUCAUUCCAUCAACAAGGGGAAACAAAGAGCCACUGAUAACAAUUUGGCUUCUGUGCGACUGGAGCUACCGUCUCCAUCCCACGUUGCUACAUUUUCAGAAGAAGCCUCAAAAAAUGUCAGACUAAUUUCCACCCAGAUAUCAGACUAUUCUGGGGAUAAACAUAGUACAGCAAUAUCAGUAUUGAAUGCCGUUGGGAAUGUUCAUUGGGCCGGAGUGGGAUUUCUACUGGUGGCUACAGUUAUUGAAAGGCUGGACAAAAUCAAACAGAACAAGGAGGAGUGCUUAAGACUUCUGAAAUCCAUGAACUAUUUGGCCAAAUUAAUACUGCAGCUUCAGCGUUUGCCUCAUUUAAAGAGAGAGAUGCAGGCCAAAAUGGAGGAGUCUAUACAGCUAAUUGUGCAUGGGGCAAUCUUAUGUUGUAUACAGAAGAAAAGGAAGCUUAUAGGAAGAUUGUGGGUGGCUGGAAGGGAUGGGGAAGAACUUGUAAAGCUUCGCAGACAAGUGGAUGAAACGGGCAGGAUGCUCCAUUCGGAAAUCAGUCUCUCUACUCUAGAUGUUGUUCACAAUAAUAUCGUAUGCAGCCAACGACCUGUUCCAUCCCAUAGUUCUGCAGUUGUGGGCAUAGAUCACAACAUUACUGAAGUGAUUAAACUCCUUGAGUGGGACCAUGACAAGCCAGCUGUGGCCGUGGUUGUACAUGGCAUUGGCGGUGCAGGGAAAACCACCUUGGCAAAUGAAGUGUUUGCAUCUUUAAAUCUGCAGGGCUGGAAAUAUUCAAAGGUCACUCUCAUAAAAAAUCUGGAAUUUAAUCCUAACAUUGAAAAAAUCCAAUCUCAGAUUUUGAGCGACUUGACUGGUAUAAAACAUGGCACCGUAAGAGACUUUCAGGAUGGACAAAAAGAGCUGAAGUCGAUUAUAGAGAAAGAAGUUGUUUUCAUAUACAUCGACAAUGUCUUAAAGAAAGAACAUCUGGAAGGGCUUCUACCCAAGCUGAUAAACAGUCCAAAAAGAAAAGUCAGGAUUCUUGUAACAGCUAGAAAAACAAAUAUAUCUGGCGUGUUUGAAAGCUGUGGAAUUAAACCCUGUAAAUUAUACUCCAUUGAACUCUUGUCUGCCGAGGCAGCCCUUCAAGUGUUGUGAAGAAGAAUUGAUGCUGAAAGAGACAUGGAUACC